GCCUGAGACGCUGUCCCAGCCUCUUCCUACUUCUGAGCCUACUGAGACGCUUCAAGAAGGGCACGACACUCACUGCUCGCUUUCCCUCCACCAAGCCUUCCACAUGAGCCAGCCAAGCCUUACCUCCCCACCAGGAUGAAGAAAGAAAAGAAAACGCAUGCUUUACUGUUUCUCCUUAUGCUUCACUUCACCUCGGCAAGGCAAUCAGACUAUGCUCCAUAUUUUUACGAUAAUGGUCCCAGCAGUACAAAUGGAAAUAUGGCCUUGUUCAGCAUCUCUGAGGAUACACCCGUUGGAACACAGAUAUAUGUCUUGAAUGGCACAGAUCCGGAGGAAGAUCCAGUACGAUAUGGUCUUGCUUUUGAAAAGGGCUCUACAGAAUAUUUUAGAGUGGACCCAAAGUCAGGAAAUGUGACUCUAAUUCAGGAGCUCGACAGAGAGAAACAAGAUGAAAUCUCAGUGCACGUGAGCAUAACGGAUGGCCGUAAUAAAGUUGUUGAGACAGUGAGAGUCUUUGUCACGGAUACCAAUGACGAGCCACCUGAAUUUCUAAAUUUGCCUUUUAUUAUUGAUAUUCCAGAGGACACUGCUCCAGGAAGUAGCAUCUACAGAGUCCAAGCAGUGGAUAAAGAUAUGGGCUCAGGAGGAAGUGUUUCCUAUUAUCUACAGACCUCCCCAUUCACCAAGUUCACCAUUGAUGGACACAGUGGGAUCCUCAGAGUUAAACCUGGUGAGACUUUGGACUUUGAGACCACACCAACACAUUUUGUGACAGUAGUUGCAAAGGAUGGAGGUGGAAAGUACAAGGGGAAGCAUCAGGUGUUGACUUCCACAGCCACAGUAACAAUUAAUGUUAUUGAUUCCCAAGACAUGCCUCCAUACUUUGUAGGAACACCAUAUUUUGGAUACAUCUAUGAGGUCUCUGUUCCUGGCUCUGAAAUAUACACAGUGUACGCUAAAGAUGGUGACCAAGGCAAUCCUAACCCGAUACAUUAUUCCAUUAUUAAUGGUAGUGAUGGUGUGUUCGACAUAAAUAGCACAAGUGGUUGCAUCACCCUGACAACUUUUCCAUCUUUGCUGAAAAAUGAGCUGUAUGAAAUCAAAGUCAAGGCAUCUGAGAUAGGCCCAAACAAUGAGCUCCAGGACUAUGAUGUUACCACAGUGACUGUCCGUGUGGUUGAUCUCAACAACCAUCCCCCAACCUUUUAUGGAGAAAAUGGGCCACAGAACAAAUUUGAAGUCACCAUGUAUGAGCAUCCACCUGCAGGGGAGAUCCUCCGUGGCUUCAAGAUCACAGUCAACGACUCUGAUCAGGGAGCAAAUGCCAAAUUUAAACUGAGGCUAGUUGGGCCGAGCCGAGUGCUUCGUGUGGUUCCCCAGACAGUCCUGAAUGAAGCACAGGUGACCAUCAUUGUGGAAGACACAUCCGGCAUCGACUAUGAAAAGGGGCCAACUCUCUCUUUUAAGCUCCUGGCAGUGGAGAUUGACACUCCCGAACGGUUCAGCGCAACAGCGGACAUAGUGAUCAACCUGCUGGACACAAAUGACAACAUCCCUAAAUUCACAUCUGAGUAUUACAUCGCCAGGGUCCCUGAGAACUCUCCUGGAGGCUCCAGUGUUUCAUCUGUAAUAGCAAACGAUCCAGAUUCCGGGUCUUGGGGUGAAGUCAAAUAUACGAUUUAUGGAUCAGGAUCUGAUUUGUUUUCCAUUAACGCUUCAUCAGGCCUCAUCACCACACAGCCCUGGACCAGCCUGGAUGCAGAGGUCAGGUCAAAGUACAACUUUUAUGUCAAGGCUGAAGAUUCAGAGGGGAAGUACAGCUUGGCUGAAGUCUUUGUCACAGUCACUGACAUGAACGACCACGCGCCAGAAUUUGAUGAAGUGCUCGUGGAGAAGACGAUGAUUAUUGGCACGCCUGUCAAAAUAGAGGCCGUGGAUGAAGAUGCGGAGUCUCCAAACAACGUCAUUGAAUACUCCAUCAUGACCGCAGAUCCUGACAAUGCAUUUGACAUCAAUGCUGACACUGGCGAGAUCAAGCUGAAGCCUUAUAUUAAGUCUAUGGAGAUUGUACAGAACAUCACCAAGCAGAAGGACUGCAAGUGGUCUGUGGUGGUCGAAGCCAGGGACCGAGGCUCUCCGUCCUUCAGCACAACAGCUGUGGUCAACAUCGAUAUCACAGAGGCGACUCCUCUCAAGGGGCCUAUGGCAGCCUUUUUAAUGAAAAGUAGGGACAAUCCUUUAAAAGCUCUAGGCAUGGUCACUUUUAUCAUUAGUGUUUUGGUAGGAGGGACUGUCUUGAUCUCUACGGCUAUGUACAUGCGCAACUCAAAGUCCAACAGGAUCAUGCCAGCACGCCGCAUCAUUAAGAGGCGACCCAGGGACCAGCAGCCUUGGACCUUCAAGAUACCUGUUAUCAAAUUCACCAACCCUGGAGAAAAGUUCCUCAUAACCAACCCGGAGAGCAGCCUCCAGCAGGAGACAGGUAGCCCCCGGCUGAAGCCUCCACCUCCCAUUGCUCCCUGUCUUCCGCCUCCACCUCCCUCUAACGUGCGGCCCAAUGAAAGGCUGCGUGCAGUCCCAACAAUAUCUGGCGCACUGGCAUCCAAAGGCUCCAAGAAAGCUAAGUCCAGCCGCCGUAAGGAGGGAAACAUCAGCUCUGCUUUAGUGUCGGAGCUUAAAAUGAAGCUUGAGCAGAAAAUACACGAGAACAACCAAGGUUAUUAUUAACUUUAAUGCAAAAAUAUCUUCUUUGAUGGCUCUUAACUCACUUCAUCCGAGUUCUGUGUGAUGAUGAGGUUACGUGAGCCUACCUUUAUGUUAUUUACAAGCAAACAAAAGAAGAGAGUGGUUUACAUAAUUAUGUCUUAAGACAAGAUAGAAGUGGGCUGCAGUGUAUUCUCAGUUGACCUGCUUUAGAUAAAAACAGGAGACAGCUUGAGUCAGCAGUACAGUACUAGAUAAUUCACCACACUGCCAUCUUGAGGAGGAUUAUCAUUUUAACAUUAAGAAGCAUUACAAGAAAUUGAAAGCUGAGAAGUUGCUCUUUUGUAUGAUGAAAAUGUGCCACUGUAGGUUUUCACAGUAAGAGCAUCUUGCUUUUAUUUUGUUGAGUGAGUAACUGUAGAAAAUGCUUUUAUAUAAGUGGAUGUGGAUCUAUUUUAAUUGUACAGCACUGUAAACAUGGCAAAACCGCAGCUGUAUCAUGAUGCAGUAAAUACAGCAAAGUCAAAAUUAGACCGUCUAACUCCUCUUGAAGGAUGUUGUUGAUAAAAAUCAGUCAUAUGCUUGAAAUUUUUAAGCUCAGAUUACUAUUUAUAUAAGCUGCUUGGACACUUAAUUCAUAUGGGUAUUUAAAUGUAGUGUCAAAAAUGUAGGGUCUUUGCACUGCUACUUUCCAGGUUACUUUUAAAUGCCUUCAAAUGUAGGCAAAUACAGUGUCAUCACUGCAAGAAAUAUGAUGUUCUUGAUUCUAUCUUAGCUUACUAUUGUAAAUAAGUUUAGAAAAACUAUAUAUGUUACAUAUAAAUAACACUUGCCUGGUAUUUCAAAGUAACAUAUUUGUACUGUCUUUGUACUGUCUUGAUUUUGAAUAAAUAUUCAAAAAUA